AUGGCCACCAAGACGCGCAAGCCGGUCGUCAACUUCCUGCGUCUACGGGCGCCCAUCCAGGAGCAGCUCAAGAUCGAGGAGGCGCUGUUCCGCGCAGACUCGAAUUGCAACUGGUUCAUCUACAAUGACCAACACUCUCUGCCCACCAUCGUCAUGGGCAUCUCGGGCAAACCGGAGCAAUUGUUGCACCAAGACGCCGUUAAGCGAGAUGGUAUCCCGGUGCUCAAGCGCUUUAGUGGAGGUGGCACCGUCAUUGUGGACCACAGUACAGUCUUCACCACGUUCAUCUGCAAGCACGAGGACUUCCCACAGGUUAAACCUUUCCCGCGCGAGAUCAUGGCUUGGUCGCAGAACUUCUUCUCGCCUUUUUUCUCGCGUAUCUGCAAAGAAGACUUGAAAUUCUCACUGCGGGAAGACGACUAUGUGAUCAACGACCGCAAAUUCGGUGGCAACGCACAGAGUUUGUCUAAGGGUCGAUGGCUGCAUCACACAUCGUUCUUGUGGGACUUUAACCCCAAGAACAUGGAGUAUCUCACCAACCCAGCACGUCAGCCUAAGUACCGUGAACAACGCAGUCACCUUGAGUUCCUAUGUCCGCUAAAGGACGUGCUGAAGGAGGAAUGCGCCAACCGCGAGCAGUUCGAGAGCGAGCUACACGCAGAGCUAGCGCACAACUUUGAGAUCGAGGACGUGACACUGGAGGACGUCAAGCCGAUCCUGGAGAAGGAGCACCGCAAGUCCACCCACUUCCUGGAGCUAUAG